AUGUCCAGUAGAAAGAGAAAGGGGGACGAGUUGGAUGGAGUUUCAAAAAAGCAGAAGCAAGAAGAGGAAGAGGAGAAGAAUAAGCUCGAAGAACAAUUGAAGAACCAAAGUCAGUUGAUCUGGGGCGUUAAGGACAAACUGAAGAAGAACUGCUCGGCUAAUGACAUGAAGGAGCUGCUGAUUGCAAACGGACAAGACGUGCCAUCAGGAGAAGCUAAUCUGGUUGACCGUUUGGCCGAUGGUAUGGUUUUCGGGGCGCUUCAGCCGUGUAAGGAGUGCUCGGGCCAGCUGGUCUUCAAAGGAGACGCAUAUUACUGCACUGGGGACAUCUCGGCUUGGACCAAGUGUGUGUUCAAAACAAGAAUGCCUGUUCGCAGUGACUGGGUUGUUCCCAUGGAAUUUCAUGAGGUUCCUUUCCUCAAGAAAUUCAAAUUCAAGAAGCAAGACAGAGUGUUCCCCAAAGAGGCUCCAGCACCUGCCCCAGCGGAUGUUAAAGCUGAACCCAAGGCCAGUGCAUCCAGCGCACCAAUGGAAGCCAUGUUGGAGCCGACACCAGAUAAACCGCUCACUGGACUCAAGUUCUUGACUAUUGGCAAACUGACCAAAAACAAAGAUGAAGUAAAAGUUGUGGUAGAGGAGCUUGGUGGGAAAAUAACUGGGACCGCCAAUAAGGCUUCCUUCUGCCUCAGCACCAAAAAGGAAGUGGAAAAGAUGAGCAAAAAGAUGGAGGAGGUGAGAGAUGCCGGUGUGCGUGUCUUGGCUGAAGACUUUCUGACGGACAUAAAGUCCUCAGGCAAAGCCCUCCAAGAGCUGGUCUCCCUCCACGCCAUUUCCCCCUGGGGAGCCGAAGUCAAAGUGGAAAGCAAGGCUGCAAAGUCUGGAGCUGUGCCUGCCAAGAGCACGGGCCGAGUAAAGGAGGAGGAAGGCGGACACAAGUCUAAGAAGAUGAAACUUACUGUGAAGGGAGGAGCUGCUGUAGAUCCAGACUCUGGUUUAGAGAACAGUGCCCAUGUCCUGGAGCAGAGCGGGAAAAUGUACAGUGCAACUUUAGGACUUGUGGACAUCGUCAAAGGGAUGAACUCCUAUUACAAACUUCAACUGCUCGAGGACGACGUUCAGAAACGGUACUGGGUCUUCAGGUCGUGGGGCAGAGUUGGCACCACUAUUGGAGGAAACAAACUUGACAAGUUCCAUGACAAAAACUCUGCAUUGGAUAACUUCCUGGUUGUGUACAAAGAAAAGACGGGCAAUGACUGGAGUUGCUCUAAUUUCACAAAAUAUCCAAACAAGUUUUACCCACUGGAGAUUGAUUAUGGACAGGAUGAGGAGGCUGUUAAGAGGCUAACUGCCACUGCGGGCGUCAAAUCAAAACUGGCCAAACCAGUUCAGGAGCUGAUCAAGAUGAUUUUUGAUGUUGAGAGCAUGAAGAAGGCCAUGGUUGAAUUUGAGAUCGAUCUCCAAAAGAUGCCACUCGGAAAGUUGAGUAAAAGGCAGAUUCAAAGUGCAUAUUCUCUCCUCACAGACGUGCAACAGGCUGUAACUGAUAGUGUUGCCGAGUCACACAUAUUGGAUUUAUCCAAUCGCUUUUACACACUAAUACCUCAUGACUUUGGAAUGAAAAAGCCUCCACUUCUCAACAACCUUAACUAUAUUCAGGCCAAGGUUCAGAUGCUGGAUAAUCUGUUGGAUAUUGAAGUAGCAUACAGUUUGCUGAGAGGUGGCACCCAGGAUAAUGACAAGGAUCCCAUUGACAUCAACUAUGAAAAGCUUCAAACUAAAAUUGAGGUUGUCGAUAAGGCUACACAAGAGGCCGAUAUCAUUAUGCAAUAUGUAAAGAAUACCCAUGCAGCUACUCACAAUACUUACACACUGGAGGUGGAUGAAAUCUUCAAAAUUAAGCGAGAAGGUGAACACCAGCGCUAUCGUCCAUUUGAAGAACUCCACAACCGUCAGCUCUUGUGGCACGGAUCUCGAACAACUAAUUAUGCUGGAAUCUUGUCUCAGGGUUUGCGUAUUGCUCCUCCAGAAGCCCCAGUGACUGGUUACAUGUUCGGCAAAGGUGUCUACUUCGCCGACAUGGUCUCUAAAAGUGCUAACUACUGUCACACGUCACAGUCUGACCCUGUUGGGCUUUUGCUGUUGGGUGAAGUUGCUCUUGGAAACAUGCAUGAACUGAAAAAGGCAGCCCACAUUUCAAAACUGCCAAAGGGAAAACACAGUGUUAAAGGUAUGGGUCGAACUGCUCCAGAUCCAAGCGCUACAGUUACAUUAGAAGGAGUGCAAGUUCCUUUGGGAAAAGGAGUCGAUACAAACAUCGAAGACACAAGUCUUCUGUACAACGAAUACAUUGUUUAUGAUGUAGCACAAGUAAAUCUUAAGUAUCUUCUGAAGAUCAAAUUUAAUUACCAAACAUCUCUUUGGUGA